AUGCUUCCUAAAUGGCUGUUUCUGCUCCUUUCACUUUAUUUCGCUGUGGAGAUGGUAGCUGGAUCGAGUUUGGGUAAGAGUCUUUAUCAGUGCUUUAAGAUCAAGCUCUUAUGAUGCGUGCGACACAAAUGUAUUAUAAAAGAAGACAGCCUUGACACCAACGUCAUCCCAAUUCUCGGCCAAUCUUUUCCUCAAGAUUCGACUUAAACUUCCCCUAAUUAAGUUUGUUUAUUGAGCAAAUGGCUGUGUCAUUCCCUUUUCAUUCGCUUUAACUGAAGUUCAUCGCAGAAAAUUUGCCAUCUCCUUUGAUUUUUUCGGAUGUGUUCAAUCGACCAAUAGCCUGCGUGUCGGCGUUAAGGAUUCAAAACCGAGGAAUGUUUUGAUUUCGCUUAUGGUUUGUGUGUUUGAUUUCAACAUUUUGAUCUUAAACUGAAUGUUUCAUCGUCUUCGAAGCAAUUUCAUGUCACUCUGGGCAAUUUUCCGCUUUCAUCGUUUCCUUAGCAUUUUUUUUAUGCGCACGCCUUUUGCGUCGCACAACUAAAGCUGUGUUGUGUUCUUUUCCCUGUGAACGGCCACGAAAAUUCAGACUUAAUUCCUUGACCCUUACGGCACCACAAACGAUUAUCGCCUUUUUCCGAAAAGCUUCGAUCAGAUACUGAUUAACGAUAUGCAGUAAAAUGAUCACAGGCUGUACACCGCCGCGAAAAUUAAAACCUGUUUUCUUGACCUUCUCAGCGCCGUCCAAUUCCCAAAUGAGAAGGGAUUGACGAGAUUCAGGGAAAUAAUCACAACCUCGUUAAUUUGGUUCGUUCUGGUUUUUAAAUUAUAAAUCAACGAAUAAAUCGAUUUCGAAGAAUUAUUUUUAUUAGUAUCGUGUUGAAAUGGGAUGUGUUCGUUGUAUGGUUUUAAAGAAACCUCGAAGACAAGAUACUUGAGGUAAUUUCAUUUUCGUUGCCAUUGUGGGAACUAUCGCUGGGGUCAGAAAAAUUAUAGUCACUCAAUCACGCCGUGUAAGUGUCACAUAAUCAUAGCGUCACGGGAUAAGAAAGUUCAAAUUAAUAGACAGGAAACUACCUAGGAAUUAGCCAUUUAUCUUCUUUAGACGUACAUUCUUUAUACUGUCUUAGAGAAAAAGGAAAUCGCUGUGUCAAUAUGCUAUUCUUCAAAGGUCAGUGUGGGUAUGAUUGAUGAUGGAUAAUUUUCAGAGGGGAGGGGAAGGGGGAGGGGCACUUGAAUAAAGUGUGGGUGGGGUACCAGUGUGUCAUGGAAGACCUUAGAACUUUGAUCAUCCGUUCAUUUUGCCACUCUGUUUAGGACAUUAAGUUUUAUAAAUUGUGGCAUAUCGACCUUAGGCAGCUAAGGCGAGCACAUUGAUCGAAGAAUAAUUUUUAUAGCUAAAUGUAGAAACAAUUCCGUAAGGACCACACACCGUCAAGUUGACAAGCAGCUCAAAGCUUCCGAUCCUUUCAGAGGGUAAUAGUAACUUGAUCACGUGCUCUUAGAUCGAAUAUGACAUUUUAUCAUCGCAAUAUCCCCUACUCGACCGGCCUUCGAGCAGGCCCCUGAUAUUUUUAGCGCUGCAGCACGUGCGGUUCUUCACCUGCGGCCUUGAGCAAGAGGGUCUUAGUGGGUUUAACCAAUAGCCGUAAAACGGCCAAAAACUUUAUACGGUAGACGUAAAAAUUGAUAAAUUUUAACCGUUAGUCGUAAACAAUGUUAACCGUUAAAAACAAAAUUUCUAGUACAAAAAUGGCACGCGUUAGCCGUACAAUGGCCACAAUUCUAACCGUUAGCCGUAAAAGCCAUCACCACAUCGAGACCCUCUGAGCAACGCGAGCUGGCGAGAGGGCUGCCAAUGAGGGCCCCUCAUGAUAUAAGCCAUCACCCCAUUGAGACCCUCUUUCAUUAGAACUGUUUCGUCUCCAGUAAAAAAGGAAUAUAAAAAAGUUAAUUUAAAAAAUCCUCUCUUUUUCAGCCUGCAUACCUCCUGGAGAAUCCAUCAAUGCCUCUAGUGGUCACAUUUCCAGCCCCAAUUUUCCCAACAACUAUGAUCGAAACAAGAAUUGUAUCUGGAAUAUCACCGUACCCGAUGGGAAAAUCAUAAAACUGACCUUUUUGAACUUUACCCUGGUAGCGGGUGAAAACGAUGACUGUGCUGGAGCGGCAGCAAAAAGUGCCCGAGUCUUUAUCACAAACGUUGCCUCUCAUGGAGGAAAACCUAAUGACUUUAAGAUCUGUGGACAAAAGCUACCCCCUCCAGUGUACUCCGAGGGAAAUUUCAUUCAAGUGAGAUUUGAAUCUCGCACCAGCCCUGUAAACAAAGGGUUCAAUGCAACCUUUAAGGCGAUAGAUGGAGAUUCACGUAAGAGCUUUUCUUCUAUGGUGGUUUACUAACUGAAAGUAUUAAAGUAAACAGUGGAGCAUGUACUGAGCGAGAGUUUUGUUGAGUAUAUCAUACAAUUAAUUAAACAAUCUUUGAACAGCUAUAGUCUGUAGAAUAAAAUAUUGCAUGUAGUCAAGCCUUUCACUCGAACGCAAACCACUUAGUGAAGUUCACGAUCUCUAUAUUUAUUAAAGCAUAAAACCGUCAACAUACGGAAAAUGAACUGUGAGCGGUAUUGGAAAUUAUCCAUUAGAACAAAGUGGACUGUAAACCUCGUGGAAAAAUCAUUAAAACCAAAACAGUUUUCGGAGAGAAAGAAGCUUCAUUAAGAUUUUUCUUUAAAUAAAUUAAGUUUUUCACAGAAAGUAAAAUGCAUUUUCCUAAAGCUGACAGCCUUUGUUAUUCUUUUCAGUGUGCCCAACAGAUAUGAUCCUCGAUGAAACAUCAGGUUCUCUCUCCUCUCCCUUUAAUCCAAGAAACUAUCCAUUCAACCAGACAUGUAGCUGGAAUAUUACAGGGAAACAAGGGUACCGUGUUGAGCUCAAAAUACCAGACUAUAAUCUUGAACGUUGUGGUGGUGCUGCUUGCUCGUGUGAUUAUGUGGAAGUUCAGAAUAGCUUCAGUGAUAAAGUGCCGCCUGGAAAACUAUGUGGUACACCAAGGUAUAUUCCUGUCAUAUUUUAUUCACUGCACGAAAGCCUGAGGGUGGUGUUUGUGUCCGAUGAUACAAACAUGGAUUAUGACGGAUUUGUGGCAACUUACAAGCUGUUGAACUACAGUCCUCCAAGUAAGUAGAGAAAACAACGUCAUGAGAUCUAAGAGUUCGCUGAGAGAAUAUGUUUCAUGAAAUAAAUUCACCCAUACAAGUAAUGAUAAGGAGCUUAGUUAAUAAAAUUGGAGGUUUUCUCUGUUAUUAACUCAGGGUGAAUGCGAACAUCUCUAAUGUAAAGUGUAAGCGGUGAUGUAUUGGGAAGCUAUACCAACUUUAAUUUAUCUCUUAACAAUCUUCAUAUUCUUGAAUUAGGGGGUAAGUUUUUAAAGAAAAUGUGGUGCUGCGUCGGUGGGUGAGUAUAACAAGAUAAGUUGAUAACGUAAAUUGACCACCGUAACGAGUUUCAAAUAUUCAUAUUCUUGCCUUGGGGAUACUCCCUUAUAAAAGCUAAAUUGGAAUCUUCCACCCUAAAGGUAUGGUAUUGAGCCGUUUUGGUUUGUAUAGAUUUUGACCAUUGGUCGAAUCGACAGUUAAAUGAUAAGCAUUUUAAUUGGUUGUUAUUUAUCACCUAUUGGAGAACAGAGGAAUAAAUGAUGUCACCAUUCAUAACAAUUUGCUUCCUCAUCGAAUGAAACAAAUAGAUUCCAUUUUGCCGUGCGUCUAUUCAGGGAGAGAUACCAGAUGCCGUCAAAAUGUGGUCAUUAGUGACUCUUGGCUACGCCUCAUGUGCCACUUUUUUGUUCUUACCACAUUUUGACGGCUAAGUGCAUCUGUGAAAGAAACCAUAUAUCUAGCACCAAUUCAUGUUUUCUGGCCUGUUCCAAGCGUUCGGGUUAGUAAAACAGAGCGAAAUAACCUUGGGCACGAUAGUAGCGGCGUGGUGAAAAAGAGAGUAAGGUUUGGGUCUGGUCGGGAAAAGAAGAAGUUGAUUACACAACAUGACCCACCCCUCCCUCGUUUUUUCACUCCUCUGCUACUCUUGCGCUGUUCAAUAUGGCACUGCGUUUUACCAACUGAACGCUCGGAACAGCCUAUGCUUAUUCUUUCACACUCACAUGUUCCUUUUUCAUUGUUUACAGUUUGUCCCAGGCAAGCAAUUCCUCUCUCAGGCAGCGGGAAAAUAAGCAGCACAAACUACCCAAAGAGUAACUACACUGAGUCCAGAGAUUGUACCUGGAACAUUACCGCGCCAGCUGACAAAAUUGUCAAGUUUACGUUUACUGACUUUGUCUUAAGUGAGUGUUCAGCCAAUAAUUGUUCGGAUUCUUGUUCUUAUGUGAAGCUUUAUGAUGGUGGGUCAACAAGUUCGCCUUUGCUGGGGCGAUUUUGCCAGGGGUCGUCUUGGAAUAAGUCUCAGUUGUCGAAUGGAAGCCAAAUGUUUGUGAUGUUCCAUCCUGGAAAAGCAGUUGCUCGUGGAUUUGAAGCGAAAUAUGAAUCCACAACGACCGGUGGUGAGUACCCUCUCAAGUUUAUUCUGAAUAUCGUCUUUUAUAAUCUUCAAAUUUUCCUCUUACGCGAGUUUGGUCUUGACGCGUUACGCAACCGACUGUGCACCAACUUUCAACUUAUUUCACACUUCUAUAUUUUUAAGAGACAGACAGACUUUCGCCACUCACCACGAUCACGAUCACGAUCACGCUGAGUUACUCUCGCCCUCUUUUGAAAGAAAACGUAUUAAACAUUUCUAUUUCACGCGGAUCUCAAUGGGGCUAACCGAUAGCCUUAAAAUGGCCAAAAACUUUACACGUUAGGCGUAAAAAUUGACAGAUUUUAACCGUUAGUCAUAAACAAUGUUAACCGUUAAAAACAAAAUUUCUAGUACAAAAAUGGCACGCGUUAGCCGUACAAUCGCCACAAUUUUAAUCGUUAGUCGUAAAAGCCAUCACCCCAUCGAGACCCUCUGAGCAACGCGAGCUGGCGAGAGGGCUGCCAAUGAUCUGGCACUAAUAAUGAGGGGCCCUUAUUAUCAGUCCCAGAUCCCUGGCAGACCUCUCGCUUUGUUCGAGACCUUAUACUUACCUGCUCGCGAAAAAAUAAUCGGGCGGAAGCACUAAUGACGAGGAACUGCUCACAGGCUGUUAAAAACUCGAAGAAUUUCUAUCCUUUUUCCCUUUAGCCAGCCUGUCAGACAAGUAAACAAAUACAUUUAAAAAUAUCUGAAUUAUUCACGUCUCCAAGUACUUUCGAGGAACAGAAGUCAGGGGUUGGUAUCUAAAAAAUUUUCCAUCUUUAUAUUUAUAUUCUGCGUUCUUAUUUUCAAUUAGUAAAUUCCGCAACAGCUGGAAGUGCGGCCACUGUCGUCACUUCGUUUGUUAAGCCGUUUGUUAGUCCGUCAUCGCCAGUUUUGCCUCUGUCGUUCACAUCCCCUAGUUCAUCUUCUGCUAAACGUACAGCAUCACCGUCUGUAAUGUCUUCCUCAGUCUACUCAUCUGCUUCUCCAACUUCGUCUGCUUCUCCAACUUCGUCUGCUUCUCCAACUUCGUCUGCUUCUCCAACUUCGUCUGCUUCUCCAACUUCGUCUGCUUCUCCAACUUCGUCUGCUUCUCCAACUUCGUCUGCUUCUCCAACUUCGUCUGCUUCUCCAACUUCGUCUGCUUCUCCAACUUCGUCUGCUUCUCCAACUUCGUCUGCUUCUCCAACUUCGUCUGCUUCUCCAACCAGCAAAUCAAGUGUCCAAGUGACAGGUAUGUGUAUGGAAUCGUGUUAUUAAACAUAUUUACAUAAAACGCUUUCCAAACUAUUUUGUGUUUUCCAAAAUAGCACAUUUUUUGAUAAAUCAAUGGUUUUUAAGCAAAAAAAAAUACAGUUCAAGUCACAUCACUUUAUUAUGUGAUCAGAUACAAAAACUAAAUGAAAAAUAUUAUUAACUCUAUCAAUAAAAUAGAAUUUUGUUAACGAGCAAAUAAGCAAUCUACUUCAGCCAAAAUAUAUUAACAAGUCACAAUUUCAAUCCUUUAACCUAUUUUAAAAGAUUUGUAUAUGUAAUGAAAAGAGUACAGAUACAUCAUUUAAAUCUUGCAUUGACUUAGAAAAGAUCACAAGGGAAAUUAAUGCUCAACCUUCAAAUGAAAACCUUACACUCUUCACUAUCCAAGGGGAAUAUGCUAAAUUGACAGGAUCACAGAUUUGAAUUAAUAUCCCCAACAAUAUUUAUGAUAAGGAAAUAUGUAACAUGUGUGUCUCAAUUAAAAAGGGCUAAAAUAAGCUUCUAGAAAAAAUAAUCCUCUCUCUCUGUCAGCUGCAACAAUGUUUCCCGAAUAGGAAAAAAAUCAAACCGUGCCAUGUUGUCUAAUGAGUGACAAACCGAUGAAAGGGAAAACGUACUGGAGAACCACUCCACAAAGCCAUUUUGAGGGCGCCUUCUGGUUUUGCCGGGUUCUACACUGAAAACAACGACGGAAUCCAAGAACUGAAAUAAUUCACUAAUUUUUAGUCAAGUGCAUUUCAACCAAAAUGAAUUAUGUAUCGUAUCAGUUUUCGCGACAACAAAAUUGGCCCAAAACGUGCCUCUAUCCAAAGUUUGUGAGUUCUACAUCUCCAACGAGGACUUAAAACAGACAAGACAUAAAAUAAGUGAUAUUGUAGACUAAGACAUGACGAUUCGAUAAGCAUUUAGUAAAAUUGUAUCUAUAUCGGUGAUCUCGCAAACAUGCGCCUGGCAAACAAAGUUUCGCUCAGACCACUUAUUGUUACCCAAUCGCUUUGACGAAGGGCGAACGCUCGAAACGUCAGCUUUGAAAAUCUUUACGGUGGCCAACUUUUUACGUUAUCAACUCAGUUGAUAAUACUAAAUUAUAUUUAUCGUUACGAUACGUUACGAUUUAAGUUCGCGCUACCUGUCAUUUGUUAAAUCGCGUGGAAAACAAUAAGGUAGGUGCUUUGAAAUGCAUGUAUAUUGCACACUUCUGACCUCCUAUCAACCCUUAGAUAUGACUUAUCGACCGUGACUGAACUAACUGCGUGUGAUACUUUGUAUUCAGGUAGUCCUAACUUUACCUUCCAUUUCUAAUUGACUCUCUAAAUCCAGAAUUAUUUCUCCAUAAAUGAAAGAUUCUACACUCAAAGAAUUGUUUGAGUCAUCCAAGUCAACCCACCGAUCUUCGUUGGGAAGUCUUCCCUUUGGUGGUGAUUCCAGAAUCGUAAAAAUCAACAUGGCUCGUAGAACUGGGAGAUGUUUGCGGUGUACUCGCCAUCAUCGGUUGAAAUAUUUUUAUAGGACGGAUACGAAUUAACUCCACCCAGAGUGUGACAAGAGCGCUUAGCAAUCAAAAAAGACAAAAGCUCGAUUAUUAAGAUAUGAUGAGCGGAUGUUGGCGGUUUGUAAAACAAUAGGUUGAAAGGACUUUUGUCCCUCAUUGGUGAAAUUGCACAGUGCACAGCUUACGAGUUCUAGUCGAAAUACUAAACCUUUUUUUCGCCGAUUAGGUACAUAGUGCACAUGAAUGGACACUUCAUAUCUUUGACUAGGCCUACCGUGCGCGCUAAGCCUGAGAAAGUCAGUAUCGAUUAAGCGAAACCUUAAGCUUUUCGUCACGGCUCAUAAGUUAUAGGAGAAAGAGUCAAGGAAGCUGCUAAGUUGCUUUGAUUAAUACUUAGGAGAAAUGUCAUAUCAACUUCUUUUAAAUUGAUUUGAAAGUGUGAAAACCUCAAACGGAUAUGUAGUUGUCUGCGACUUUCUCUUCGCCGCUCUUAAUUGCUCCCUAAAUUUUAUUACAUGAGAGACAAAGAUGAGAAGACACGAGUUCGUGAUUCAUAAAUCUGCCAGCUUUGAAAAAAGUUUGCCAUUGCAUUAACUCACAUCUGAUUUGCGUCCGUUAUACACUUCCUGUGUAAGAUGCCUCCGGAAGAUAAGGGGAAUGGGAAUAUUGGAAGUAUCGUUCAUUGAAAUGAUACAAUCAGAAGCUGCGUAUCUUUACAGAACAGGAACAAGAGUUGACCGUUUAUCGAAAAUAAUCGAUGCUGAAUCUUUGCAAGAGCCAUCAUAUUCCUUUGUUGGACCCCUGGAGUAUCACUUAAGGUAUGAAUAAACUGGUGCAUCUUUAAGGGUUAAGACGUGACACGUAAUGAAGGCCAAAGUUAAACUGCGACGCGUAAAAUUUAACGAAAGGUUAACGUUAUUCGUGAAUAACGAAACUGUGUGAGGCGAGAUUUGAUAUCCUGAAGAAUGCUUGACCCCUUUUUUUUUUUUUUUUAUUUUUUCCACAGCGUGAAAACCUCAAGAUUUCCCUGAAACCUUGCACACAGGAUGGGAAAUAAGAAAUUUACCCUUUUAAAUCCGUGACGUGUGAACUGAUUUUUCGAUUUUUCGCCUUGUGAACAGAAGGAAGAGGAUUCAAAAAUCUUAAAUCCUAUAUCGUCAGUGGAAAUGAAAAUAACUGAACGGGUAACUUCGUAGAAAAACAUUUAUCUCAUAUGAAUUAAUGACGAUAUCGUCACUCGGUAAAGGUGAUGUAAAUUCGGUACAAAGUGUCCUCAUUCCAAGGUCUUCUAACUUUAAAUUUCUUUAAAAAUGAACGAAUCAUCUUAUUCUGCAACAGAUGAGCUAUUUAUUCCAAGACAGAAUUGUUUCCAUCUUUUCUUUGAUUAAACGAAAUUUUAAAAAAGUUAAAAACAAACCUUUUUAAGAGUCUUAAAUGUGUACAAAAUUUAAUUAAACGAUUUUUCAUUCUUUUUUCUUUCAACAACUCCCCUUUUGGCAUUUGAUUAAAAGCCUGAGUUAUAACUAGUUCUAUUUAAUAAAGCGGCUAUGGGCCUCUGUUAAUAGCCUUUAGUUUCCAAACUGUGGAGUAAUUUUCACUAGUUUAUCCUGUAAUUCAAAAAGCAUUGGACGUCAAACCUUGCAGAAGUUCUGCAGCCCUGCAGAAUUUCUGUAUCAUUGGACGCCAUAUCAUGCAGAAUUUCUGCAUGGUUGGGCCGUCAAACCUUGCAGAAUUUCUGUAGCAUUUGACGUCGUACCUUGCAGAAUUUCUGCAGCAUUAGACGCCAUACCAUGCAGGAUUUCUGCAGCUUUGGACGUCAAACCUUGCAGAAUUUUUGCAGUACGGGUCGUAAUACCAAGUCAAAUAAAACUAAAAAAAAAAAAACUUGAAAAAAAAAACGCUUAAAUAUAUUGAGGGUUAAAAUCAAAGACUUUAUCGUUCCAUUUUUAAAAGUGCAGAGCAUUAUGUGCACUUUGACUAGAGUUAACAACCAACGCAGUUAAAAAUUGAAUAUUUGUAUGAGUAAAAUUGACCGAAAUUUAACUUCCCGUUGAAUUAUACAUAAUGUUGCUCUUUUAAAGCAACACAUUUCUUAAUCCGUGAAAACUGAAGCAUUUUGCUUUUAUUACAUAGGAGAAAUUUCCGUGUUUUUUUACCUAAAUAGUGCUGCUUUAAGGCCAGCAUUUCACUGUGUCUGGGAAAAUAGCACGAUAUGUUGCGGAAUCGAUAUGAAAAAUAUCCCCAAAGAGCCAUUUUUCACGGAAAAUGCUAUUUUGGAAAACACAAAAUAGUUGGCAAAGCGUUAAGUAAUUAGUAAGAAAUUUAAAGUUAGGGGUUCUCAGUGAAUGACAACGGCGCCUAUGACACUUGACUACAGUGUUCCAUAAAAUUGUGUCUGAGAUAUUUUUUUUCUUUACGCUUCUACGUUGCCAUCGAUUUUCGCAUCGCCAUACCUAAGUUAUCGCAGUAAUCAGGUUAGAAAGCGCUCACUGGAUUCUAGCAAAAAUUCGACGUCAAUCUUAAGUUAGCACUGUAACUUCUAGAGUUUAUCAACCAUUUGUUUGACCCAAUAUGUCCUAAACCUUAGCCUUGGCACUUGUGAUGUACUUUUAACCUUUCUUGACGAAGCGCAAGGACAACUAGAAGCUGUUUAAUAACAAUUUAUGUUUGAAAAAUGUUGCCAUAUCUCUGUAUGAUCACUAAAGCCAUCAUGACUAGCUCAUUUUUUUAAACACUUUGAAGUAGCAGAGGAGAGAUCUACUUUGGAAAGCGGUAAAAAGUUUGAAGAAGUCUUCCUGCCAUUAGAUAUCUCGUAUCCUCCUUAACUGUUAUGAUGUAAGAUUUCAGUGGCUUAUAAAUUUGAUUAGACUCGAUUUUAGAAUACAACUUCUCACUGAUCUCUUCGUUGAAAUUCCGGGGGUCAUUGGUUCAAUUCAACUUCUCAACUGGCUGUUUAAUCAUUUUUUCUCCUCUGUUCGCAACCAUGCUGAUUUUAAGCAUUGAUCUCGUAGUACUCAAUGACCUCAUGCGACUGUUCACAAUCAUUACAAACUUCUCGUGUGAUUUAUGAUUUGUAUUCAGGUUCCUCUAGUCCCACGCAAACCAGUACGACUCCGCCACUUCCGAACACCAAAGGGAAAACUAUCGGGCCAUUGGAGGUAAUAGGAUUCUGUCUCCUUGCGGUACUUGUUAUCGUUGUUGUUAUUUUUGCCAUUUAUUACGUAGCCUGUCGAGAGCGGGAGGAAGACGAAGGCUCGAACGAGCCGAUGGUUGAGGUACCUGCACGUAAUUCAGCUAAACCAAAAGAAACGGAAAUUGGAAUAACUCACGACGCAUUUGUGGGAGACUCAAAUAGUCCAACGGAAGCUUCUGCUUCUGCUUUUAAACCGGAAGCCAUGGCUCCAGUACCGGAAGUUAAAGUUCAGAACCAGCAGCAAAUGCUUCGGAGGUAAAACCAGAUAAUAUGGAAAGUAAAGAAACUGAGGCCGACGUCGAUGGCACUUAUGACAGUGCGUUGUAAGAACAAGAAGAAAUAUUUUGAAAUUAUUUUGAAACCAACUAGAAAAUUCCCUCGACUGGUAUCAAAAUGUCUCUUUCAUCACGAGUAUGCUACAAGGCUACCGCUUUACAUGAUGCAUAACUUUUUCUGAACAUUCCUAGACUUAUAAAAGUUUACAACACUAAACCUUUUAACGCUUAAACACCAGGAAGUGAUCAAUUUGUACCUUCUUCUUACAAUAUCUAUACAUUAUUCAACCGACGCGUAAUGAAAAGAGACAAACGAACCAGCUAGAGGGUGUUUUCUUGAUAAAAUACCAUAUUCUCUGAACUAGUUCCUUUGGGAAAUGUAAGGCAGCUAGAAACGAGAAAUACAAAUCAAAUUUUGGGACGGUAGCCUGCAUUACCUGUUUCCUUAGUUCAUAUAAGGCUGCCAUUUCUGGACCCCUGGAUGUAUUGUUUCAGCAUAACUAUUGGCAUAAAUUGAAUAAACGAUCAUAAUUUUUGCUCUUAUGAUAACCUGUAAUUGGGAAUUCUCCUUUUUUUCGGGCAGCGCGAAAGCAUAGUGUGUUGCGCUGCUAAACUUUUAUUCUCUUUCGAAAAAGAGAGCGCCUUAAUCACACAUAUUUAGUCCUUUCAAAUGAAUCAUUAUCAGGUCUUAACCUUUAACUCCCAUGAGUGACCACGUCAUAAUUUCUCCUUACAAUAUCAAUACGAUAUCAAGCAGAAAACUGACGAGAAUAGAGAAAUAAAUCAAUUUAGGGAUUAUUGUUCGAUCCAAUACUAAAUUCUCCAAACUAACAUCAUGAGAUUUGUAUAGAACACAGUAAGGAGAAUUUCAAAUGGCAUCUUGAGAGUGGAAGGGUUAAAAGAGCUGUACCUUGUUUGAUCUUUAAAAGAUCGAUCGAGUUCAUGUGUAGAUGUAUACUUUGUUUUUUAUAUAUUUCGGCCGUGUAACAAUUUUACCUUUUAGACCUUUUGUAUUUUUACUUGUGUACUCUAAUAACGGGACCCCCUUUGAUACCAGCGCUUAUUACACUGACGGGGUUAUCCUUUAUAAUAUUAUCAUUAUCAUUUUCGUUCGCCUUGAGAGGGAGAGUGUUAUCACAUUACUGCCUCUUUCGUUGCCAAGGGAAAAGGUGCCGACAAACUUAUAUUAGUUCACAAUAACCCCUAGCUGACGCCCUAACAUCAGUAUGCACAUUCCCCAUACAUUCCCUCAGGUGCUGACAAGGAGAAUUUGUUUAAAGAUCGAGAAUUUCUUUAGUUGGUGAUCAUUUCCUUUAUUCUCGUGAUCUUGGUAUAUGAAUCAGGGGUGAUAUUGUGUGGAGAAGUUAGAUGUUAGUCACUCUUACUGGCGGUACGAAGGGUUCAUUGUUAUACUUCUUACAUCCUCGCAUUUUUUUAUCCAUUAAGUCACGUCUUCUAUUCUGGUGUGAAGUCCAGUAGUUAAAAAUAUUUUGUAAGAGCAAAUGUGUAAAUUGCUAG